UAAAACAAGGCAGUCCUCGUCUCCGCUCAGAGUGCGUCUUCAGUUGGUCAUCAGACCUAGGAAGAGUGCGAGCCACCCGUCUCUAAGCGGUACCACAUCGCAGGAGAGCCGACAGACAUCCAAGAUGCGCCCGCUGGUUACUUUGCUGGCCUUCUACUUCCUCGUGGUCGCUGUGAAGAGUGCCCCAGCCGAAGAAGAAACCGGUGAGGCGGUCCUGCCGGAUCCGAACCGCGGUGUGGAGACUCCGGAGCUGCCGGAGGAGGUGGAGGAGAUCCUCCUGGAAGCGAGGAUCAAGGAGGCCGAGGGGCCUGAGGAUCGCAAAAAAAGAGAGGCCCAACCCGCAGAAGAAUCGGCAGACACCUGUGAGGACCUCUACAGAGACGAGUGUUCCUGUCGGUACUGGGCAGCGUCAGGCUUAUGCACUGCAACUAAUCGCUUCACGAUCGACUUUAUGCAUACUGAAUGCCAGAAGUCGUGUGGGCUGUGUCCAUCUACUGAAGAGGAGUGUACAGACUUCUUAGCCCAACAAGUUUGCGAGCGAGUUAAGACGUACCAAGAGACAAGCCAGGAAAUGAAGACGUUAGCCGAGGCCUGCUGCAACAAGACCAUUGGGAGAUGUCCUGAGCCAGUGACAGACGAGUUCGCGCAACACUGCUUGGAAGCCCACAACGAGAAGCGUGCACGACACAAUGCACCGCCCCUGACCUGGGACCCGAUGUGUGCACAAGAGGCCGCACGGUACGCCAAGAAGCUGAAGGCCGAAUACGACGCGAACCCGAGACGUUACCCGCUCAUUCACUCCUCACGGGCUGAGCGUACCUGGGCUGUGAACGGAAAGAACAUCGUGCAUGGUGAGAGCCUGUACUGGACCUGGUCGCAAGCCCCGGACUGUACUGGGAGCAGUAAGUACAAGAACCCCAUUGAGGCCUGGUAUGCCGAGAAGUCGGACUAUAAACGAAUGCGGGGGAGGGGACAGCCUGUCUCCUAUCGGGGCAUCAGGCUGUACGGCCACUUCACUCAGAUGGUGUGGAAAAACUCAGGCUCAGUUGGCUGUGGCAGAUCUGACAACAAACCCAACAACAUCCUGGUCUGCUACUACCAGAAAACUGGCAACGUAUACCAGACGGCUGCAUUCAACAGAAAUGUCGAGAUCUAGACAAAAUGCCACAUCUGGUCGAGACAUCAUACUUGGUUAAACAAUGGGUGAUAUAGACCACUGAGCUAUGCUGAAACUGCUGUUGCUUUGUCUGUAGACAAAACAAACUCCUAUUCUAGUUCUUUGGACGGUCAACGCGUUCGGAACUUGCUGUUCAUGAUCAGCACUAGUACUCACCAAUCUUGAAUUGUGCCUUCAGUACCCAUUCAAUCCACAUAUGUUCUUAGCAAAUUUGUCUCAGCUUUCAACAGCCCAGGCACACGCAUAUGUGUUACUGUUAAUGAACAAGUAAUGCAUGAUUCAGUAGACCGAAUACACCAUCUUUUAGUGUUUGUUGUAAGUACAAUGAUUCUGUUUACAGGGCAACAGUGAUUUCAACAAAAACUCGGUGGCCUACCACCUAUGGCACAACGACACUACGCAUGGCCAACGACAACGAUACCGAUCUACAUAUAAAUGUAAAAUAUAAAUCUAUAAUUGGAGACAUUAUUUUUCUGUUAACAACGAUUUGCAGCCCUAAUUCUAACACAUUCACCAGGGAGUUUCCAGGUCGACUGCACUAUAAUUAUAUAAAUAACACAUAAUGGCAUAUACCAUAGAUGUUCAUAGAGUUUAACAUAACAAUUAGCUUAACAUUACAAUGUUUUCUGUUAGAUUGAAACUCAUACGAACUACAAAUACCGGCACUUUGCUGUGGCUUCAAUAAUAUGUAUUAAUAGAUAUUCACCUAUACCUAUAACAUUAAAAUGACUCUGUACUAUGCUAUUCAAAAUAAAUAGAGUGUGGAAAUACUA